GCAGCAGCAGGAACAGGAACCAGACCGAGGCGCAACAACAAUAGUCCCACGCGUAGGCAGAAAGCAGCAGAAUCAAAAGCUGCACCAGGAACAAUAUAAUCAGCAGAGAAAUAACGAAAGGAAAGAAGGGGAAUUGACGAAGAAUUAGCUGUUUCCUGGUCGACAGUCGACAGCAGAAGCAUCAGUAGCGGGGAGUGUAGUAAGAGCAGGAAGAGGAACAACAAAAACGGAACACACAACAACACACAGACGCAUACACACACACACACACUAUAGAAUACCAGGAGAUAAGGAGAAGAAGCAGCAGCUGAAGCAGAGGGAUUUCUGAAAGAUUCACCGUUAGCUGGUGAACGCAACAGCAACAACAACAGAGAAACGCAGCCAACGUAAUUUUUGUAGUUUAGAGCAGAGGCAGCGACUGAACAGAAGAAGCGACAGAGUAGAGAGAAAUAGAGAGAGUGCAAUCAGAGAGAGAGAUCACGAUGUAUAAAACAAUACGUCACGGCGAGAACAGCCUGCAAUACACGAUUCUACCGCAAAACGAUGACUUCCGCAUCGAGGGUAAACUGUCGGCUGCCUCCUCGUCCUCCUCGUCGUCAUCCACCGCCACGUCCAAGCGCAGCUCGGCGGCGGGACAGCGACGACGGCGCUCUUUCUUCGCCUACCUGGGCCUGAUCUUCGUCUGCACCGUGAUCAUUGGCGCUGUCCUCAUCCCCUUCCUGGUCUCCGCCGAGUGUCUGCCCAAUCCCACGGAAUGGUUUCUCAAGACCAAGGCUGCCCUCACCCAUAGCCGGCCACCCACUGGAGCUGGAGUUGGAGCUGGAUCUGGAAAGACUUUGCCGGGGACACCGCCCACCGGGUCGCCGAUGCUACAGCUAGGUCAGAGCGUGGGAAAAACAGUUAAGAUUGUGAACCGGAAUGGAAUCGAACAGUUUGUACUGAAGGUAAACAAAACGGUCCCGGCGUCCAGCACAGGAACAGAGGAGCGGCAGCAGCCGCUGACCCCCGGCAGCAGCACAACCACAACAACAAGCACCACUACAACUACCACUACCAUGGCGCCACAGACCAGCAGCAGCACCAGUACCACAACUGCACCUACAACCACAACCAGAGAGCAGCCACCGCCGCCUCAGCUGCUCGUUCCAGUCAGCACUUCCGGAUAUUCUGCCGUGGUCCCACCGCAAGGCCAGCAGCGCCAUCUGCCGGCCACCAUGAUCACCACACGAAUCAUACAGGUGCCGCUGCUAAAGUCGGCCGCCAAGAAGCCAAUCAUGCCCCCGGUCCUGGCCAAGACGCAGGUCUCUGCAGAGCAGCACCAGCAGGCCGCAAAAAUGGAGAAGGGCCAGAACAAGAGUAACAGCGAUUGGAUAAAGACGCACUGGGCCUACAUAGAUCCCUCGACCUACUUCCAGUGGACCGGAUACAAGGACGAGGAUAGCGUGCUGCUGCCUGCCCUACUGGGAUUCGCACUCAUUGGCAUGAUUUUGAUCAUCACGGUCUGCCUGGUGGCACGCAACAAGCGCACCAUCGUAUCCUCGGUGCGCAAGCGGAAUCGUAAUGACAUUGAGGAGCAGGGAGCCGAAGACAAUGCCACGCUGCUUACCACCACGAAUCUGUCGGACGACGACUAAGGGAACUCCCGUGUCACAAGGAUCUCCGAGUAUCUCUUCUUUUUCGCCUGCUUAUCCAACGAUCCUUCGUUUGGUCCUUCUAUAUGGACGCACACACGUGCAUAGAAUGGGACACGUGCUUCGGGAGCAUUCGGAACCUUUCAAUAGCCCUUUCGCGAACGCCCAAAGGCCCCUUAUACCCAUCCCCAAGCAACUUUCACUGUUAUGUUUCUCUCCCGGAAGAAACCCCGAAAAAAAACCAAAAACAAAAAAAAGACAAAGCUGAAGCUGAAGAUGAAGACUGUUUCUUGAAAGCUUGGACACACAAAAAUAAGCUGAAAGGUUAAUUUUCCCACAAAAAAGUCUUGAAAACUCGUUUUGAAACUCUUUCCAAAAAUGUUGCUUAGGUUGUGCCUAUGUCUUUCCGUGUGUGUGAGAGAGUGUGUGCGUGUAAGUAUGUAUAGAUAUGCGUGUGUG